AUGUCAAAUUAAGAUAUCAAUGAGCUUCCAACUUUAAAGGUUAAUGUGCCAUCAUUCCUUUUAAAAACAUAUGAAAUUCUAGAAGUAAUAAUUUGAUUCUACUUUGAGAAUUCCUCACUCUCUCACAUCAUAGGCUGGAAUCACGAAGGAAAUGCGUUCAUCGUAUUCAAUAACAAUGAAUUAGCCUCCAAAGUACUAGCCAAUUACUUCAAGCAUAAAAAUUACCCAAGCUUUUUGAGGUUAUAUUACUUUUCACAUUAGAUAGUUGAAUAUGUAUAACUUUAAGAAAACUAAAAACCAAUAUGGACAGAGCGAAUUCAGACACAAGUGGUUUAGACGAGGUCUCAAGUAUGAAAUCUGCACUAUUCCUUUUAAUAGAAGUAUGCUCCAGUACAUUCGUAGAAGAAAUUAAGAAGAAUCUGAGCAAAAAAUGGAAACAAAGGACAACAAUUAAGAACUUGACAACUAUAAAAGAGAACACGAGGAGAUGAGGCUAUUGGUGAGAGAUAUUUAAAAUACUCAAUCAAAAAUGCAAGCUGACUUUGUAGCUUCUGCUGAAUCAAAUGCCACUGUCAGAAGUUCAAAUAACUCAGUUUUAUAAGUAAUGAGAAUCAUCGAUAAUUAAAGUGUCUAAAUCAAAUGCAACAACAGUUCAAUAAAAAAUUUGAUACAAUAUCCGUUCUUCUGGCCAAAAUAGUUUCAAAUCUCCCCCAAAUUUGUAUCGAAUUUCAUUAAUCCUCCAAUUAUAGCCUUUCAGAUUGGAGAUAUUCUCAAAAAUUCUUAUGAAGAGCCUUCUCCUGGUAGAUCCGAGUCAAAUUACAUAGUUCCUUAUAACGAAAACAAUCAAUACAAUACAAUAGGAUCACCCUACUCACAUUAUUAGUAUAAUAGUCCGAUUCAUUACCUUUUCGCAAGAUAGAACUAAUGUAAAAAUAAUAAAUAUGCCAAAGAAUUCUCAGAAUUCUGUUUUUAGUUUGAUCCUAAUGUUUUUUCAUACAAUCGCCAACAUCAGCAGUAAUAAUUGGCCUUACCUGCUCCAAAUAUAAAUUCCUAUUUACGUAAAAUGCAAACUCCAAUUUAUGAUAGCUAGCAACAAUUACUCCUUGUAAUCAAGUGUCCAGAAUUCCCCCUAUAGAAUAGCUAGUCCAUCUCAUACAUCAACUACAGAUUCUAAAGAUCCAGAAAAAGUAAUAUCUUCGUUAAAAUUCAAUAGUUUAGUCUCUAUUAACCUGCAUGAAAAGUUUAAUCGU